UUGUUGUUGGUCUGUCUUGUAGCACCAUUAAGGCGGAGGAGGAGGAGAUAAAGAGGAGGUGGGCAUCUGGAAACGCUGCAGCAUAAUUAAAACAUGGCGGAGUCGGAGGAAUUUCGACUUAAACGUUUAAAGCGCGACGAGGAGAUGUCCCGAAUGUUCGAUGAAGUGAUGGGGCUGGGAGAGUUCGCCGACUCCUCCAGAGGCUCUGUGAGUUCCUCCAAGAGUGGCGGUCAGCCAGAAUCAAAGGGACUGGAUGAAACUUUAGAACAAGGGGAAAACCAGCCGCUUGAAGAAGAUAGCAACUCAAGCAGACAAGAGAAAAAGACGGAUGAGGGGACGGGAGAGACAAGUUUUCCUCCCCUCACUUCAUCCUCUUCUGAAAAACUGUCCUCAUUUAAUAUGGUGAGGAGCGAAAGAGGAGGCGGAGGGAGUGGUGGAGCAGCCUUUGAUGAUGCACUGGAUGGUCUUCCCUCUUAUGGGCCCGAGGAGGAGGACGAGGAGGACUGGCACUAUGCCCUGCCGAUGGGCUCCCUAGAAGAUGUUGAUGUGGGUAAGGCCAGCAAAAUAAGUCAGCUUGGUCAGGAGAACAGUGCGUCUCAGAGCAACCCCUUUGACCAAAAACCUGAAGCUGAAGAGGAGGAGCAAGAGAAUGAGGGGAGCACAGAGUCUGCCAACACCUCCCACUCCUCCCAGGAUAACACCCCGGAGCACGACAAAGCUGGUGGGGGCCUGAACCAGACAGAGGAGACGGAAGACAGCCAACAGGAAGAGAUGUCAGGGAACAAUCAAGGGGAGGAUCGUAAUCCUCCGCCGUCUCCCAGGAUAAACAUUAAGGACGAGCCGAUUGAUGAAGGCUAUGAUGCUGCUUUGCUUCCUCAGAAUUCAACUAAGCAAAUCAAAGAGGAGCUGGAGCAAGAGGAAGAGCUGAGGAUCAGCUCUGUCUUCUCUGUAGGAGGAGGAAACACUUUCACGUCUUCUACCAUGCCUCCAGCUGUUGCGGCCCCGACCACGACGCAUAUUUUAAUCCCCAGCAGAGGAGCCGUCCUGCAGGCCGUGGCUUCCCUCCCAGUUAGACCAGUAGUUUCAAUCCCGACUCCAAUACCCACUUUGACCGCAUUCCCUCCGCGCCCUCCUCCACCUGCGGUACCUGGGAGUGUUCGCUGCAGCGGCUGCGCCAAGGUUUUGCUGAAAGGCCAAACAGCUUUCCAAAGAAAGGGCUCAACUCAGCUCUUCUGCUCCACAGUCUGUCUGACGGGCCAUCUUCCACCAAUCACAAAGGGUCGCGCGUGUUUCCAGUGCAACAGGGAGAUCCUUCAGCCAAGGGACAUGGUCACAGUCCCAGCAGAAAACAGCACAUUCAUGCACUUUUGUGGCCAGUUCUGUCUGUCUGUAUACAGACACAAGAAGAAACAAGGCGAAAAAUUAAUAAUCGAUAAACGACCUGAGAGGAAGCCUGAGAAGCCACCUGAAAAACCAGUGGAGCGUCCAGUUGAAAAACCCUUCUGUUGCAUCUGCAAAUCCACCAAUAAGAUUGAGCAUGAAGUCACCUAUCAAGGAAAACUGCACAGACUCUGCAGCGACAACUGUUUCUUAACUUGGCGCAAACAGCGCCAGCUUGCCUUGAACUGCUGCGAAGGCUGUGGGCUUUACUGCAGCAGCAAGUCGGGUUCCUGUCACAUGCUGACCAUUGAAAAGUCUCAGCUCAACUUCUGUAGUUCCACCUGUAUUGGCACCUUUAAACAGAGUUGCAGAAAGACAACAGAGUGUGCCAACUGUCAUAAGACCACAGUGGUGUCCUCUACCAUCAUGGAGCGUGACCACAAGGGUAAGGUUCAACUGUACUGCUCUCCAACAUGUGUGGAACAGAGUCGGCCACCCAACCACAGCCUCACAGGUACUCCAUUCCCCUGCGGCCUGUGUAAAGUUUCUGCGGUUCCUCAGUAUCAUCUCGCCAUGGUGGAUGGCACCAUUCGCAGCUUCUGUUCCUUAGCCUGUGUGACCAUAUUCAGGAAAUCUCCUCCCACAUCUCAGCCUGAUCUUACCAAUGGAACCUCGUCUCUCAGGGACCUUCCCAUUAAGGAUGCUCCGAAGCCUGGAACCUCCACCACAGCCAAUGGGGUGACUGGGGCCACCUCUGUCCCCCCCAUUCCUCAGGAUUACUCAUCUUCAGUCCCAUACCCAGGACACCACCCCAGUUACACGUCGGUACCCCCUCUAGUGCCUCCUCAUUCAGCCGUGUCCACUCCUACUCUUCCUGGACAAGCCCAUUCCAGAUCACCCCUUGAGCAGCCUGUCAAGCCGCUGGAGGACGGGCUGAGUGAUGCCAUCGCUCUGACCUGCUGUCAGUGCAGCAAACAGUUCAGCAACAAGCCGCUGCUAAUCACCCACCAGGGUCGCAUUUUGUUGUUAUGCAGUAAAUCGUGCCGUGAUCAGUUUAACACCCAGAAAAAUGUCCUCUCUGUGUGCGACUACUGUAAAGAAGAAAAGGUCCUUUAUGAAGUCACCAGCUCCAGUCAGCAGGACGUGUUCUUUUGCAGUGAAUACUGUAAGCAGUUCUUCAAACAGGAACGCGCCCUGCGCCCUUGCUCCUACUGCUGUGGCCUUGGCCAGAAGAUGAUGCUCAGUCACUAUGGAGGGAAGAUCGAGGAGUUCUGCAAACCUCACUGCAUGUCCCAGUACACGGUGCUCUACUAUGGAAUGGGUCGGUGCGACAACUGCAGGAAGCAGGGCUACAUGAGCGAGAAACUGCAGUGCCAGGGUUCAGUCUGCAACUUCUGCAACAUGGCCUGCCUGCUGCAGUACUGCUGCCUUCAUUUUGAGGCGAGCCAGCACACCAGCAACGGCAUGGCCUCUGCCCCACCACUGCCAUCCGCUCCAGCGCAGCCUCAUCACCCCUCGAAGAUGAAUCCUGUCAUCGCAGAUGUUGUCUCUUUAGCCAACGGCUCAGCCUCCCAGCCCAGCGGGUCGGCAGGUACAGCGCUGACCGGAGAGCUUCCAACCUCCAGCGUCGAUGGAAAGAACCUUGAUCAUGCCAGUACUCAGACUGAUGCCAUGCGAGCGCCCACGCCCCGUCGCCGUCAGAUGAAAAACAAAUCUGUUCUGUGCCGACCUUUCACCAUGGACCAGGAAAUCAUGUGCCAGCUGCCUUCACCUUCCCCUGAACCAGAAGACAAGGAGGAAAACAUGAAGGUGUUCAUCGUUCCAGUACCAGUACCAGUCUUCGUCCCAGUGCCUAUGAACAUGUACUCCCAGCACACGCCUGUUGCCAUGGUGGUACCCCUGCCGAUUCCAGUGCCGAUUGUUGUCAAGCCUCAGACCAAGGAUGUGAAGGAUGCAGCUGUCCAGAUGGAGAAGAUUGAUGAAGAGGAGGAAGAAAAAGAAAAAAAAAAUUCUUCCAGUAUAGAUCGGUGCAGUUCCUCUCGUUCUGGAGAUGUUAAGACUGAAGUCGUCAGUCCCACAAAGCAAAAUGAAGAGAUAGCAGCUCAGACUGACCUGCUUCAGACUGAAAGCUCAGAGAGAAGCACAGAAGCACCAGAUCAUGAGACGGAUGACCAACCAGAGACGGGUACAGCUGUCAUCAAUCAUCCUCCCAGCAGCAUCAGCAGCAGAAGCAAGGAUCAGCCUCCCUCCUCUCCUGUGAUGGAUCUGGAAGCUGACCUCCAGCCUGAAUUGUUGAAUCAGAGCUCGUCUGUUCAACAACGAGGAGUUAAGAGACGCAGAGAAGGUUCCUACGGCAGGAAACGGGGUCGAAGGCGAACUGGUUCUGCUGAUCGAAGUGUUUCAGGAACACCUGCCUCCUCCAAGCUGAACCAUCUGUACGGGGUCAAAGCCUGGACCAGCUGGAUCCAACAGAGCAACAAGCAGCCAACAGAAUCCAGUCGAGUAGUUUUCAAAGAGGACAUCGUUCAGUGCAGCUCCGCUGAGCUGGGCUUCGCUCUGACCCGCUUCAUCAGAGAGGUCCGGCGGCCGAACGGAGAGCCCUACAGACCGGACAGCAUCUUCUACCUCUGUCUGGGAAUCCAACAGCAUCUGUUCCUGCGGGGGCGGAUAGAAAACAUUUUCACAGACGAGGUUUACAGUCAGUUUGGCAGCGAGCUCAGCGGGAUGCUUCAACUUUGGAAGCCAGAGCUGCAACCAAGUGGUACAUCACUGAUCAAGCUCUCAGUUGGCCAUCUUAACUCAAUCACAACUCAAGUUUUCCCUGAUUUCCCAACAUUCCCAUCUCCUCCCUCAGGUGGGAUCGUUCCCUCUCGCAUCGAGGAGUCUUACCUGUGGGAGUGCAAGCAGCUGGGCGCCUACUCACCCAUAGUGCUGCUCAACACGCUGCUCUUCUUCUGCACCAAGCACCUCCACCUCACCACGCUGGCAGAGCACCAACGUCUGUCUUUCUCCAACUUCACCCGGUGCUUCAAACCCCAAGGCACAGCCAGAAAUGUUUACCUCCAGUACGAGAGAAGCAGCACAGGGACAUCUGGCUCUGAGCAGAAAGAGCAUCAGGUAGGGAGCAACGGAGAGAUGUGGGAAAACGCAGCCAACCCCCUGCAGUGUCCCGUCCGACUCUACGAGUUCUACCUCUCUAGAUGCCCAGAGUCUGUGAAGAAUCAAAGCAGCGUGUUUUACCUCCGGCCUCAAAGGAAUGUCCACACAUGCAGGUCAGGCAGCUCCUACUGGUACUCUUCCCAGCCGCUGGACGCCUCCACCCUCCAGAGCAUGCUCACUCGCAUUUUGGCAGUCAGGGAGGUUCAGCAGGAACACGAGCGAUCAGCUGCAGCUGAGGGACUCUGUCAGUCGCCCGUGUGACAGAAGAGACCAACAUUUGGUGGACAUUUUAAGUGUGUUUUGCUGUUAUUCCACUGUUUGGAUGUUUUAUUUUUAGACUAUAUAUAUAAAAUGAAAAGCUGUUGGCUCUCUGUGUUUCAGUGCUUUCUCUGGAGAAACUUUGAAUCUUCCUCAAGGACACUCUUUAUUUUUAAUGUUAUGAAUUCCGCGUGAUUCAGCACAGAGAAGAUAAACAUGUCAAAAGUUAUAACUGGGCAACACUUUCUCUUAGUGCCUCUUUCAUUCUUAUAUCCUAUUUUGUUCUCUUUUAAGCUCCUUGUGGCCUUUCAUAACUAACGUUAAUUGGCUGUUUUAGUUGACUGUGUACUUUUAUUUACAAGAUUUAGUUCAGUUACGACAUUGAGCUGUUUCCAUUUUUAUAUUAAACAUGCAAUGUUCAGUUCCUGUUCAUGAAAC